GUGUCCGCGAGCUGCCUCCGCGGCGCUAUAAAGUGCGGUGCCGGGGGCGUCGCGGAGCGGGCGUGACGGGCGGGUGUGAGGGGGUGCAUCGCUGCCGCUAUGGGGAAUACCGUGGCCAGAGAGGAUUUCGAGUGGGUCUACACGGACCAGCCCCACGCCGACCGCCGCAAGGAGAUCUUGGCUAAACAUCCAGAGAUAAAAGCAUUGAUGAAACCAGACUACAACCUGAUCUGGGUGGUUGUGCUGAUGGUUCUGGCGCAGUUGACUGCAUUUUAUCUAGUUAAAGACUUGGAUUGGAAAUGGGUAGUCUUCUGGGCAUACGUUUUUGGAAGCUGUAUUAGUCACUCCAUGACUCUGGCUAUUCAUGAGAUCUCUCACAAUAGUGCCUUUGGCAACAGCAAAGCCAUGUGGAAUCGAUGGUUUGGAAUAUUUGCCAACCUCCCUCUUGGUCUCCCAUACUCCAUAUCCUUCAAGAGAUACCACAUGGAUCAUCAUCGUUACUUGGGAGGUGAUGGAAUUGAUGUGGACAUUCCUACUAACUUCGAAGGCUGGUUUUUCUGCACCCCUUUUAGGAAGUUCAUGUGGAUUGUUCUACAGCCUUUUUUCUAUGCGAUUAGACCACUCUGCAUCAAUCCCAAACCCAUUACUCGACUUGAAGUAAUCAAUUUGUUGGCUCAGCUUUCCUUUGAUGUUGUGAUAUAUUAUUUAUGGGGAGUCAAAUCCAUUUUUUACAUGCUUGCUGGUUCAGUACUUGGACUUGGGUUGCACCCAAUUUCAGGACACUUCAUAGCUGAACAUUAUAUGUUUUUAAAAGGACAUGAGACCUAUUCCUACUAUGGGCCACUUAAUUUGCUCACUUUUAAUGUUGGCUAUCACAACGAACAUCAUGACUUCCCCAAUAUUCCUGGCAAGAGCCUUCCAUUGGUGAAGAAAAUAGCGGCUGAAUACUAUGACAACCUGCCACAAUAUAACUCUUGGAUAAAAGUACUAUAUGACUUCGUGAUGGAUGACACAAUCAGCCCAUAUUCACGCAUGAAAAGGCAAUUAAAGGGUGAAGUGAAGCAAGAUUAAACUUCUGGCAACCAAAAAACUUUGAAAUGUCUGCUUGCUUUAAAGUGGCUGGUAUAAAGGUCUCUUGCUAAAGCUGUUCACCUGUGUCCUGAAUUAAGAUGUACAGCAACAUAGCAAUGCAUCCCUUAAGGACUUUGUAGCAGACUCCUACCAGCUAUAACAUUCCUCACAGUCCUCAGAUUUGUUGGUUUAAUGUGUCUCUGUUUGCCUAAGGAUCAGUGUUAUAUGCAUAAUGCAAAAUCACUUUGUUACAGAAUUUACUUUGGUAGGUGUUAAAUCGAUAUAAAAUAUGUCUGACUCAUAAUAUUUUAAAAGUUCUCAAUGUAGUAUACUGCCUUCAACAUGCUCUUCAGAUGACUGUAGUUUUAAAAGGCUGUACUUACCUGUUAAUUCUGAACUAACAUAAUUUGUUAACUUAAACCUUCUGUUGAAAAUGUUUCCAAACUUAUGGUUGGAAGAGCUAAAUUUGCACAGAAAUGUUAAGUCUGCUUUUGUUUAAAUACGUAAUAUGUUGUUUGAAGCAUUGCUUUAAAGUUUUACCUUUUCUACUUAAAGUACCUUGAAGGAGCAAUCUAUCAGAAUGAAACCAGUAUCCUCGAGAUGGCUUUUGUUACUUCUUUUUUGAAAAAAAAAAAAGUGGGGAAUUUAAGGGUAUUGCCAACUCUGUGGUCCCACUUACUGCCUGAGCUGCUUAUGUUGGCAUAUAGUGUGAGCAGGUGGCAUUUAGGAAACUUAAAAUAACUGAUUUGGGUUUUCACAUUGGAAAAAUUGUUACAGUUUGAGGUUUUUCUCAUCUUCAAAGAAAAAUGAUUACCAUGUUACCAUGGUUUUAAAUGCCAUAAAUAUUUACACUCAUUUGGAAAUCUGGCUUGUAUGGAAAACAGAAUAGAUUGAAACUGAUAUUGUUCUGGCAAACAAGGCUUGCUACAACCACUGACACUUUUACCUGUUGAGCAUGUUAGUAAUUUAUGUACGCAGAAAGGUGUUGUUAAAUAAUCUCGUUUGUUUUUUUCCCCAUAAACCUACAGUACCCUCCAUAAAUACUUGUCUUUCUUACAUAUUAAAAUGUGGUGAGAGGUGGUGAUAUCAAAUUUCCUGCUUAAGAAGUUUUUAAUUGGAAACAGAGAAUGGAUAGCCUUGCUGAAAACCGAAGAAUCUCUCCACACCUCAGCAGAUCUGCCUUCUACCAUCUAAUGAAUUGAUGAUGGCUUUAAGCAGUCAAAGGUGGCUACAUAUCACCCUUAAAUCUCAAAUGGUCAUUCUGUGGUAUGUUCUUCACUAACCUGAAAGAUGGAAUCUGAAGAAGGUGGAAUUUGUAGCUGCUGGUCUGCUGCAAGUAACUUAAUUUUAGAUGCCUUCAACUCUUGCAUUCUGGUGUGGGUUUUUUAGGGUGUUUGUUUUUUGUGAGGAUUUUUUGGUUUUUUUUGUUUGGUUGGUUUUUGGUUUUGUUUUUUGUUUGUUUGGUUGGGUUUUUUGGUUGGUUGGUUGUUGGUUGGUUUUUUGUGGUUUGGGGGUUUUUUUGUUUGUUGUUUUUUUUUUUUUUUUUUUUUUGAAGAAGGUGAGUGCUUGAAAAGAACGUGUUGGUACAUCUUAAUCCCUGUUCGAUUGUGAUCCUGUUCCUAAUGUGUGUUUGUUGAAGUAUGGGCCCUUGCCUGUGGCUAAGCAAUAGAAAUGGAAUGAAAGGAUGCCAACCACUUCCAAAGUGACUUCAUUGUGCCAGAAACAUGAGAGAGAGCCAGCAUAUUGCUCAGGGUAGAGUGUAAUGUCAAAAUAUACGCUGUCCAGUAUUUUUACAUGUAAUUAAAAAGCAAAGAUUAAAGUAA